UCAAACAAUGAGGCAAAAAACACUGUAAAAUUAUUCUUUUUUUGUUUGUCCUUGGCUCAGUGGUUAUGGUUUGUUUUGUACAUAGUUUUCGUUGUUUUGUCCGUAUAAAUAACUGAUGGUUUCAUAAAUUUUCUGGGUAAAUGAAGGAACAUCGCUCAUGAUUUCAUAUUAGUAAGCAAUGUCUUGUGGAACUGUAAGAAAGGUUACACGGCAAGAUAUCAAAGUGGUUAAAGCUUCUAUGGAAAAGGAGGACAACGACGACAACCUUUAUAAAGACUGUGUAAAAGGUGGAGGAGGCGCUAGUGUAUAUAUCACUUGGCUAAUUGGUGAUAAGAGACCACUUCAUGAUGUGAUGGGAUUCAAAAAGGAGAUCAAUGAUAUCAAAAUCGACAUUGCUCUUCAAUGGUAUGUAGAUGUAUAUUCAGACACAGUAUUAGGAUAUGCUAAUGGCAUCCACACCAUUGAUGGCGGAACACACAUUGAUGGUGCGAAAGCUUCAAUAACAAGAACUAUCAACACCCUUGGUAAAAAGAGGAAGUUUGUCAAGGACUUAGACUUAAGUGGGGAGCAUAUUAGGGAAGGCUUGACUUGCAUUGUCGCAGUUGUUGUUACAAAGCCUGAGUUUGUAGAUCAAACAAAGAAGAAAUUAGGAAACCCAAAAAUCAGGGAAAUUGUUGACAAAUCAGUCCAAGAGUACCUAACGGAGUAUUUUGAAUUGCAUCCAGAUGUAUUUGAGAGCAUUUACACCAAAUCCUUUAAGGCUUACCAGAAAGCUUUGGCAUUGAAGAGGGCAAGGAAAGUGAUUUUAACGCCGCGCACCGUUCCUCAGAAUCUGACCAACAGCUCUUCUGGAAAAUUUGAAAUAUUUAUAGCCAUAGGAGAAUCUUCAGGUGGCGCUGCUAAACAUGGUGAUAAUGACAGGCGUUUCCAGAGCAAAAGGACACUGGAACAGCCUCUGAGUAAUGGUGCAGCAGUCUCUACAGCUCCUCCUGGAAGAUCGUUAGAGAAUACUAUUGAUUCAAGGGUUGACAAGAAACGCCAAAAAGUUGUUCCAUCCUCACAACAUCCCUCCUCUUCUUCACGACAAACUGUUGCUGCUGCUUCAAACCGACCAAACCGUAAAGAUGUUGGCGCCAAGACCCUCAAAGGUGUAUCCACUGGCUCUAACAAAACCAAACCAGUCAUCCCAGUCGGUCCUGGUUUCCAGGCUGAAAUUCCUAUUUGGAUUGCGUCUACCAAGAAGGGGAAGUUUUACGGUAGUCCCGGAGAUUCCGACACUCUUAGGUGGAUUGGAACGGCUGUUUGGCCAACAUAUAGCCUAAAGAAGAAAGAUCACCACAAAAAAGUCGGUGAAGGGAGACCAGACUCUUGCUCUUGUGCUAAUCCAGGAUCAGUUGAUUGCGCGAAGCUACACAUUAAAGAAGCAAGGGAGCUUCUAGAAAAGGAAACUGACGAUGCUUUCUAUACUUGGAAGUUUGAUGAAAUGGGUGAGGUGGGAUCAAAAUCAUGGACGGCCAAGGAAGAGCAAAAGUUUGAAUCUCUUGUGAAAAAAAUUCCUUUGUCUAGUUGUGAUGGGUUUUGGAAGUAUGCUUCAAAGGCUUUCCCAAGGAGAAGUGAGAAGGAUCUCAUUAGUUACUACUAUAAUGUUUUCCUCAACCACCGUAAUACCGACGAUGACCACUGUGGUGACUUCUUAGCGGAUCACAGACAUGCGAGGAGGCGAAGAGGAGCAAUCACGUCCAUGCACUACGAAAACUUAAGAAUCGAUGAAACUGCUUGAAGCUUGAGGCUGCAAAGGUGAGGUGAGGCGAGCGUCUUCCUUUGUGCAAACGCCUAGCUCACCUCUUCUAGGCCUCGCAUAGGCACGACUGCUAAAAUACAAUCUUAAUAAGAACUACCUGAAUUGAAAUCAAAACUAAACCAAACCAUCCCUAAUGCGUUUGAUAUUAUAUUAAUCUUACCAUUUAUUUAGAUGUUUGU